AAUACCACAUGAAAAAAAUCUCCAAUAACAAUACCGAACACCAAAUGAAAAAAAAAAAACAAAUGUUGAUUUUCUUUUGACUUCUUACAUAUUUACAUUUUAAUAUUUUUAACCUUUUAAUAAAAGUCCUGACUCCGCAAUUCAUCGGUACUCCCAACAAUUAUCAGUAAAUAUAUGUGCUCUCCUCAGUCAUUCAAAAACUUUUCUGUCCAAACCCUCAGUGUCACUACCACUUCUACAGAAAAAAAAUCUUGAACAUCCCAAAAAACUAAUUUUGCAUUUAGCAAAUCUUGAUUAAGAAAAGUACCCUUUGAGUGAUCAAAAAUGAUCCAAAGUUAAUUAAUCACUUUUAUAUUUGGGAUCUUGAUUUAACCGAUCUUUGUGAUAUAAUUACAUCAUAAUUUUUUCUCUUGUUGUCCAUGGAGUACUACUACUUGAAUGUCAAAUGGAGGAUAAUACACAAAAAAUUCCUCCUAUUUUUUACAAUCUCCUCUUUGUUCUUCACCUUUUUGGCAGCCUACAAUUCCUUCAACUCUACAAGUCUCUUUGAAAUCAAUUUUGGAUUGGGUGCUAAAGCUGAUUUUUCCUUCCAGAGAUUGAAGAAGGCCACAGGAAGUACAAGGAGGAUUUUAGGUGGGCUAGGAUCAUCGCCGCCGCGGUGCACGUUAAAAUGUGACAAGUGUAUCCCAUGCCAUCCGGUCCACGUGACGGUGCCACCGGGUACUCCGGUGACAGCAGAGUACUAUCCAGAAGCUUGGAGGUGCAAGUGUGGCAACAAGUUGUACAUGCCCUAAUUAUAUCAUCAUUUUUAUGUGUUACACUUAAUUUAAUUUAUGACUAGUUAGGAAUAUCAACAUGAACUAAUUAAUUGACGCUUACUCUAUAUUAUGAGGAAAUGAUAGUGAUAGCAGUAUGAUUUGUAAAUAGUAUCCAUUGAGGAUUUGAUUACAUAUUUGUAUUUCCUCUGUUUAAUUUAUGUGGUACCGUGUGAUUGAUUUGA